ACGGUACCUUUUUAGUUGACAAAGAUUUCACCCGUGCAUAUCGGGGCUGCAGCUUUUACAGUUGCGCAGAAAUGUCGUGGGACUUCUUUGUCCCCUUGUCCGUGGGGGACCUUGUAAAGACUGGGGGGAUCAACCAGUACGUGGUUCAAGAUGUGGUUUCCCCAAAACAGCUGCCGUCUCAGCUCAGUAGAUUCAAGGCUGCACUGAGAAGCCAGGGACCUCUGUGUAUAUUGGAACAUUUCGACACAGGCUACAGCGUGUUGCAGAACUUCAAUUCGUUGGAGUUGAGGGUUAAAGAGGACACCCUUGAAUUACUUGUACAAGUGGUUAACGGACUGGCUGUUUCCCUGCCAACACUCCUCAGCUCCACUUCCCUUUCAGCUGCAGAACGUAAAGAAAACCUUAAUGCGGUCAAAAUGAGCGUCUUCCUGCUUUGCAAACUCACUGAAAGCCUCGAAAGCCUCUCUUGUAGGCAGAAUAUUGUCACAGCACCUGGAAAGGGUGGUAAAAAAGGUAAAUCAGGGGAAGGACUGCUACAGUGGGAUUCUGAGAGAGAGACGGUCCUGCAGGCCCUCAUUCAGCUCCUUCAGCUGGAUAUCCGUUCCCUCUGGAGUCUCUCUCUGGUAGAAGAGGAGUUUAUCAGCUGUGUGACCUGUUGCUGCUACAAGCUUUUAGAGAACCCAACGAUCAGCCAUGUCAAGAGCAAACCAUCAAGAGAUUGUAUAAUUCACCUCCUUGGGGUUCUGAUCAAGAAGUACAAUCACCUCUUGGGUGCUAGUGUGAAAGUGAUUCAAUUGCUACAACACUUCGAACAGUUAUCAUCCGUAUUUGCACAAGCUGCAUCUGUGUGGAGCACAGAGUAUGGUGUCAGAUCCAUUAUUGGAGAAGUCAUAAGAGAAAUCGGUCAGAAGUCAAGUGAAGAACUUGCCAGAGAGGGGUCAGGUGUGAAAGCCUUUGCCUUGUUCCUCUCAGAACUUGGUACUCUGGUGCCUGAAUUAAUAAUCCCCAACAUCAGUGUCCUCAUUUCACACCUGGAAGGAGAGAGCCACACAAUGCGUGUAGCAAUCUGUGAGGUGCUGGGAGACAUCCUCGUGCGCGUCCUGUGCGGCGAUGGGUUAGAUGAGUCUGGCAAAGCUGACCGCGACCGCUUCUUUGACAUCUUGCAGGAACAUCUGCACGACACGCACUCUCACGUCAGAGCACGUGUGCUGCAGGUCUACACACGUAUCGUCAAUAGCAAAGCGUUGCCCUUGUGUAGGUACAGUGAAGUGAUGGAGCUCGGUGUCGGACGACUGAUGGACAAAUCUAUCAACGCGGUGAAAAGUGCCAUCCAGCUGCUGGCAGCCUUCAUCGCACACAAUCCAUACAGCUGCAAGCUGAGCAGCGCAGAUCUGAAGAAACCUUUAGAGAAAGAGACUGCUAAGCUCAAAGAAAUGAAAGAGAACCUGAAAGGGGAAGCACCUGUCGCGGUGAUCAGAGCAUCUGAGCUGUGGGCUGCCAUGGAGCCUGAGCUCCUUGUUACAGUCAGGACAGCUGUGGAGCCCACAAGUGAAACAGAGAAAGAGCAGCAUGAGGAAGAGGAAGACAGGGAUGUGGAGGAAGACAAGCCUGCAGAAGACGACAGAGAAACUGCAGUGAUGAUAGCACAGCUCCUGCGCAUCAACAAAUACAGGAAUGCUGUCAAACUUUGUGUAAGAGCUCAUAGUUGCUUCCCAGAAUCCAAGAUGUUUGCCUCCUUGUCCACACUCACCCCCGAGAAUCUGAUGGAAACGCUGGCUUUUAUUUUUAAAGGCUCUGGUGAAGAAGCCUCUGAACUCAGCCAAAAUUUGCCACCUACCCCAGAGAAAACAGGAGAAAAAGAGGGGGAGGAUGGAGAGCUUAAAAAGCAGGAAAUGUUGGUGCAGUACUUGAAAGACACAGAAACUUUUGCCUUACAAGUGGAGAGGGCGAUUUCUACCAUUAACACCAUGCUCUACUGGAAAACAGCCUCAGUGGUCCAAGAGGCCGUGCAGUUCUGUGUGACUGUGUGCGAGUUCGGUGUUGCUAACUCCAUCAGUGGAGUGAGGAAGAUGCUGCCUCUGGUCUGGUCAACUGAUACUGCCAUUAAAGAUGCUGUGGUUCAGGCCUACAGACGUCUUUACUUGAAUCCACAAGGAGACGCAAUCAGGAUGAAAGCCCAGACUCUUGUUGAUAGUCUCUCUGAGCUGAUGGUUGAUGCAUCUCUGGGCACCAUCCAGUGUCUUGAGGAAAUUGUGCAGGAGUUCUUUGCCAGCGGCAGCAAUCUCCAAUCCACAGUCAUUCAGGUCUUGUGGGAGAGAUUUACUGGUAAACGGGAAGCUUCCGUCUUAAACAAGAGAGCUGCGGUGUUACUGCUGGGCAUGGCAGCACGGGCAGAGAGAGAAGUGGUGCUCGGUAACUUGGACACACUUUGCUCAGUGGCUCUGGGUGAAAAAGUGACUGAAGAUUUCCUUCUAGCACGAGACACAGUUCUCACCAUCUGCAGCAUCACUGAUCAUGUCAGGCAAUCCAAAGGAGCUCCGUUCAGAUUGCCCCAGGACCACCAGCUCUUCACCUGCCUGACUCAGGCUGUUGCUGAAGGUGUGGUGAUGGAAGACCCUUACUGGCAGUGUUUUAUGGAACAGGCUGUCCGUCUCAUCUACUUCCUGGCUGAAUCCCCAGACCAGCUGUGCUCCCGGCUGCUCCAGCGAAGCGCUCGCCUCUUACUAGAUCAGAUUGUAGAAGGUGGCGAAGUCAAUAAGGACGUCAGCCAAACGCAGGAUGGAUCUCAGGAGACCAAUGAACAAAGUGAACAAGUGAACUGUGUGUGUCUGGCCCAGCUGCUGGCUUUGUGUGGAAGCGUGGCUUUUUGGCAGGUGUCUCACCUUGAGCGCAGUGUGAGCACCGAGCUGCGGAGGAGGAGAGGAGUGACGGCGGAGAAGGAGGAGAAGGAAAAAGGACCUGCCAGUAAAUCUAAGGUGUCCAAUGAAAGUGCUAUGGAAGAAGAGCUUGGGUUGAUCGGUGCCUCUGCCGAAGACACAGAAGCUGAACUCAUCAGAAAAAUCUGUGAAACAGAAUUACUAGCUGAGGAGAACCUGCUGAGUUCUUUCCUUCCAAUGCUGGUGAAGGUCUGCAGCUCCCCAGGACGUUAUUCCCACCCUCAGCUCACCACUGCUGCAUGUCUGGCUCUCUCUCAAUACAUGAUGAUAAGCCCGUCAGCGUGUGAAGAAAAUAUCCGUCUCAUGUUUACGGUGCUGGAACGAUCUACUCUCCCUGUGGUUAGGGCCAAUGCCAUCAUAGCACUGGGAGAUCUGACUGUCCGUUUCCCAAAUAUCUUGGAGCCCUGGACACAGAAUCUGUAUGCAAGGCUGAGUGAUGAGGUUCCUUCAGUGAGGAUGACUGCUGUGACAGUUCUUACUCAGUUGGUGCUAAAGGAUGUGCUCAAGGUCAAAGGUCACGUCAGCGAGGUUGCUGUGCUGCUAAUUGACCCAGAGCCGUACAUCUCCAGCCUGGCUCUGAACUUCUUCAAUGAGCUGGCCACAAAGGACAACGCCAUCUACAACUUGCUGCCAGACAUCAUCAGUCGACUGUCCGAUCCGGAGAGAGGCAUGAGCUCGGAGGACUUCAACACCAUCAUGAAACAACUGUUCUCCUACAUCACUAAAGAAAGACAGACUGAGUCUCUAGUUGAGAAACUCUGCCAGCGCUUUAGGACUGCAAAGACGGAGCGACAGUGGUGCGACGUGGCCGUGUCCCUGUCUCUGCUUUCAAUGUGCGAGCGUGGUUUUAAGAGGCUGCAGGAAUGCUGGGAGUGUUACAGUGACAAGCUGACUGAGCCUGGAGUCUACCAGCCCCUGCUGUCCAUCACUGCCAAGCUCCGCCGUGGAGCCAAGCUUCAGUUUAAGGCUCAGGUGGAGGAGUUUGAAAAGCGUCUAACAGCCGUUCACACCCGGGGCUUGGAGAAUGUGGAAAGUCCUGAGAUGGAUGAGGAGAACCAAAACGGAGGCGUGCCCACCGAGAAGACGGCCGCAAAAACUCCUCUGCCCGCCAGAGGUCUUUCCCGCUAUGGUGAUGACAGCUUUGUCACUCCUCGGAAAUCUCGCAAGGCCAAGAAGCCCAUGAUCACCUUCAGCAGUGAUGAAGAGGAGGAUGAUGAAGACGCUGUUUUGGCAGAAAGUGAGACGCCUAAAGUGACGACACCAAUCGCGCGCUCUUCUCGACGAACUCGUCUCAGAAACUGAUUGCUUGUUCUGUCUUCUUUGUCUCUCUUUUUUUUAUAUAUAUAUUUUUUAUCAAAGAAAUGCUCGAUU